AUCCACCCCCUUCUACCAACCUCGACUGGUCCAACCACCUCGCUGCGAACCUCCUCCAGGAGCAACGCGAUUGGUGGAAUGCAGGCCGCCUAAGCCAAUCACUGCGUCAGAGAAGGCGUACUCCACAAUGCUUUUGUUCACGGUGUGCACGAGGCAUUUCGAUCGUUAGCAGGGAUAAAAGAGCGGGAGGGUCUCGUGCGCGAUCGCAACCGCAUUUUUUAGCCGUUACUCGCGCGUCGAUUAGACGUGCCCACAGCAACAUCGGGUGCCAGCUAGCUUGGCGCACUGCGGAAGAGGCGGAGCGGCGGGACUGGAAACGAAUCGUAGAGACUUGGGGGAGGUGCACGUUGUUAGGUUUCAGAGAGCUGUAGUGUAUGGUUUGAGGAGAUAAUCAAGCGGGUCAGAGCAAAGAAGAUCUAGUGAAACGAUAAGGUCCUGACGGUGGUUUCACGUGGAACGUGCUGUAGUCGAGCAUGGUGGCAGUUGGUGGACAUUAGGGAUUUUUUUGAUUUUUUUUGGCCACCAGACUUUGUUUGGGAUUAGACAUCUCGGUUUUUAUUUUUUGUAAUAGGUGGAAGGGAUGCUUAUAAAAUUUAAAACACUUUUGAUGUGUUCUAUAGGUUUUUGAGCUGUACAAUAUUUUUGGACUUUUUUUUUUUAAGUGAAAGGUGUUGAAAGAUACAUAUUAAUAUCUUCAGGAUUUGGAUAAGGAAAACUAUGGUGAUAAGACUAUUGAUGGGGGGAAAAAAUGGCUGUGUGUUGAAGUCUUGUAAGACAUAGAAUCAAUGUUGGAUAGGGUGUAAAGGACUAAGUAAACCCGUAUUGUAAGACAGUGUUGCUACUGCAACACAAGCUGUUACAUUUUAUUUUUUAGGGGGGCAAACUUUGACAUCUUGUUUAGUGGUAGGGUUCUUUGAGAUUGUAGGCGGGAAAUGUCUAGCAAACUUAUCUGCUGAAUAGAUACAUGGAAUUUUGAACUAUAAAGAAGACAUUCCAUAGGGCCACAUCUAACCAUAUUGAACAGGUUUACGAAGAUCGCACUACCUAAAAUUUCAGUUUAUUAUCUAUACAUAAUUCUUUCAAAUUUUGGCAUCAUGGCUUUUACAAACUACAGCAGUUUAAAUCGUGCACAGUUGACCUUUGAAUAUCUACACACUAAUUCAACCACCCAUGAAUUUCUCUUUGGGGCUUUGGCUGAAUUAGUUGAUAAUGCAAGAGAUGCAGAUGCUACAAAAAUUGACAUUUUUACAGUGAAAAGAGAAGAUUUGAGGGGUGGCUUUAUGCUUUGUUUUCUUGAUGACGGAGCAGGAAUGGAUCCAAGUGAAUCUGCUGGUGUUAUUCAAUUUGGUCGUUCUGCUAAAAGAACCCCAGAAUCUAUUCAAAUUGGACAAUAUGGAAAUGGCUUAAAAUCUGGUUCUAUGCGAAUUGGGAAAGAUUUUAUUCUGUUCACCAAAAAAGAAGAAACUAUGACAUGUCUUUUUCUGUCUCGUACCUUUCAUGAAGAGGAAGGCAUUGAUGAGGUUAUUGUCCCACUUCCUACAUGGAAUUCCAAAACAUGUGAACCACUAAGUGAGAACAUGGAGAAAUUUGCCAUUGAGACAGAACUUAUCUAUAAAUAUUCUCCAUUUCGUUCCCAAAAGGAAAUCAUGGACCAGUUCAAACAGAUCAAUGGUAGCUCAGGUACGUUGGUUGUGAUUUUCAAUUUGAAGUUGAUGGAUUCUGGUGAACCAGAGCUGGAUAUAGUCUCUGACCCAAAAGAUAUUCGAAUGGCCGGUACGCCACCCGAAGGAACGAAACCUGAGCGCCGUUCAUUCCGAGCUUAUGCUGCUGUUCUUUAUAUUGAUCCAAGAAUGAGAAUCUUCAUUCAUGGCCAUAAAGUUCAGACAAAACGUCUUUCUUGUUGCCUAUACAAGCCCAGAAUGUACAAAUAUACUUCAAACCGUUUUAAAACAAGAGCUGAACAGGAGGUGAAGAAAGCAGAACAUAUGGCAAAGAUCGCGGAGGAUAAAGCACGAGAGGCAGAAAGCAAAGCACGAGCAAUGGAAUUGCGUCUUGGGGAUGACUUAAAUCGUGAAUCUAGAGCAGCUCUCCGCCAAGUACAAAAUGCAGCCAUAUCUUUCCGAAGAGAGGCAGAUGUGAAAAAACGCAUUAAGGAAGCAAAACAGAGGGCACUGAAAGAGCCCAAAGAACUAAAUUUUAUCUUUGGUGUAAAUAUCGAACAGCGAGAAUUAGAUGGAAUGUUUGUAUAUAACUGCAGCCGAUUGAUAAAAAUGUACGAGAAGGUUGGACCUCAACUGGAAAGUGGAACGGCAUGCGGGGGUGCUGUUGGGGUAGUGGAUGUACCAUAUCUUGUUCUAGAACCUACACAUAACAAGCAGGACUUUGCAGAUGCAAAGGAAUACCGGCACCUCUUAAAAGCUAUGGGGGACCAUUUGGCACAAUACUGGAAAGAUGUGGGAAUAGCACAGAAAGGGAUUGUAAAAUUCUGGGAUGAGUUUGGUUACAUAUCCGCAAACUGGAAUCAGCCACCAUCAUCUGAUGUACGGUAUAAACGCAGGCGUGCAAUGGAAAUUCCCACCACAAUUCAAUGCGAUGUGUGUUUAAAGUGGAGGACACUCCCAUUCCAAUUGAAUUCUGUAGAAAAAGAAUAUCCUGACACAUGGGUCUGUGCUAUGAACCCUGAUGCAGAUCAAGACAAGUGUGACGCUCCAGAGCAAAAGCAAAAAGUCCCUAUUGGUGUGCUGAAGAAAGACCUCUUAUCACAAGAAGAAAAGAAAAAGCAGCUAAGUGAGAAGAUCAAGCUACAGCAAGAGAAGCUAGAAGCUUUAGAGAAAGUGGUACCUGUGCGUUCUAGUGCAGAUAUAAAGAAGCUUCCUUUAGAGGUUAGCACACGUGGAGCACAGGCCUCUUUGUCAGACAGUCGGCCACCUAGACCAAGGUCACCUCCACUGCCUGCUGUUCUGAAGCAAGUUGUAAAGCCUGUACCACCACGUACAAGCUUACCAAAAACUCAGCCAACACGAGUAGUGUCAAGCAACCGUCAGUUGGCUAGUGUGUCCAAAGCCCAGCCUCAAACCAUAACUCCUUCCAGACCAAGCAUAUCUCCCAAGAUUGCCAGUCGAACACUGAACACUCUGAAAUCGUCACCUGCUCCUAGUCCUCCUCCUUCACAACCAGCAAGACUUGCCAGACCGAGUCCAUCUCCAUCACUAAACCUGAAAAGCAAAGACACAAAAACAGUGUUGCCAAAAAGGCCAGUUCCAAGCAAGACUCCUCCGGUGAGCAGUGUUAAAAAAAGAAGCUCACAACAGAUGGUCAUUGAAGAAGAUGAUGAUGAUGAUGAAGAAGAAGAAGAGCCAGUUGUAAUUAAGAAACCUGAAAAAGCAAAACGUUCUAAACUGAUGGACAUAAAACAAGAGAAGAAAGAUUCAAAUGAGCCUUCCAGUGCACCAACCAAUACCUUUGUGCCUGUUGAGGUGGAGAGCAGCCCUAAGGAAGAUGUUGUUGUUAUUAUGACUAAAGAUGCCCUAAAAGAUAAAGGUUUGCAUGUGGAAGUGCGUGUUAACAAGGAGUGGUUCACAGGACGGGUGACUGCUGUAGAAGCAGGCAAACAGGGAGUUCGCUGGAAGGUGAAGUUUGACUAUGUACCUACAGACACCACUCCACGUGAUCGAUGGGUGGAGAAGGGCUGCGAAGAUGUAAGACUCAUGAGACCGCCUUCACCGGAGUACCAGGCACCAGACACUCAACAAUCUGAGCCAUCCACCUCUGACACUGCCAGGAUAGAGCCAGAUACGACAGAACCCAGCACCAGUCCCACAACACAAGAGCUACUUGUACAAACCCUCAGAAAUUGCUUGAGGUAUUUCUUGCCUCCAAAUUUUCCCAUUUCCAAGACAGAACUGAGCACUAUGAAUGCAGAGGAUCUCAUAGCAUUUCCAUUGAAAGAAUACUUCAAGCAAUAUGAGGUGGGGCUGCAGAACCUUUGUAAUUCUUACCAGAACCGUGCAGAUAGCCGUGCUAAAGCUUCAGAAGAGAAUCUUCGAACCACAGAAAAAAAGCUUAGAGAAGCAGAAGAGAAACUGCAAAAACUGAGGACCAACAUUGUUUCCCUAUUACAGAAAGUACAGGAGGAUAUAGAUAUAAAUACAGAUGAUGAGCUGGAUGCUUAUAUUGAAGACCUGAUUACAAGAGGAGACUAAAUAGAUCAAAUACAGAUGUUGGCCAAGAAAACCUUGGAAGAACAGAAUUGAGAGAAGACCAUGAGGGGCCAGCCCCAAAUCACUUAUGGGGCAGAAGUGGAUUAUGAUGUCAAUGUUUUGAUGUAAUGUUUUCUGUGGUUUUUAUAUACCAGGCAUGUGCUGUUCCAAGGAAAGUUUUAAACAUUGUAGUUCUGAACUCAUUUCUUUGUUUAUAAAUAUUUAUUUUUUAAAGUAAAGCAAUGCUCUGAGUGGUUUGUUUUGUGAACAUGUAGUUCCUGACAAUGCAGGCUGCAUAUAAGUAAAUUUCUGAUCCAAAAAUCAAAACUUUUAA